AUGGGGUGCUCACAGUCCAAGAUCGAGAACGAAGAAGCAGUCACCCGCUGCAAAGAGCGGAAGCAGUUCAUGAAAGAUGCCGUCUCUGCACGGAACGCCUUCGCCGCCGCCCACUCCGCCUACGCCAUGUCUCUCAAGAACACCGGCGCCGCGCUCAGCGAUUUCGCCCACGGCGAGGUCCCUCCGUCGUUAUCCACCCCUGCCGCCGCGCCUGCCCCACCUCCUCCGCAGGCUCCGUUCGACACGCUUCUCCCGCCUCCACCGCUGCCGACAGAGUAUCAAGCGCUGCAGCGGGCCGCGAGUAUGCCGGAGAUGAAGAUCCUGAAGCCGGAGAUGAAGCAGCCGGUGGGGCCGACUAUAAUUGAGGACGAGGAGAUGGAAUUCGAGCCGCCGGAGGAAGAGAAGUUGGUGAGGAAGCGGGGUGGGAGUAGAAGUACUGGUAGUAGCAAUCAUUACAUGGAGAAGGAACCGCCGAUGCCGCCGCCGCAGCAGCAGGCGGUGCCCCAGGAGACCACGUGGGACUACUUUUUCCCGCCCGUGGAAAGCAUGCCUGGACCGACUCUGGCUGAGCCGGUGGAGGAGGAGGAGGAGGCGCGUAAGGUGUUUGAAGAAAAGGCUAAGAGAGUGGCGGAGGUGGAAGAGGAACCGGUUGUAAUGCCGGAUAUGGGUAAGGUCGAGAAGGCAGUGGAGGUGCCUGUGCCGAUUCCAGUGGUAGAGAAGAAGCCCUCGAAGAAGGUCAGUGUGGGAGAUGAAGCAGGGAGGAGAAUGAUGAAAGGAUUGAGCUUAAUGCAGAUAUUUGGGGAGCUGGACAAUCAUUUCUUAGCUGCUUACGAGAGUGCUCAUGGGGUUUCCAAGAUGCUCGAGGCCACGAGAUUGCAUUAUCACUCCAAUUUUGCUGAUAAUCGGGGCCAUAUUGAUCACUCUGCCCGAGUGAUGCGAGUCAUUACAUGGAAUCGGUCAUUUAAAGGCAUUCCUAAUGUAUAUGAUGGGAAUGACGAUUUUGAUUCAGAGGAGCAUGAAACUCUUGCAACUGUCCUGGAUAAGAUGCUAGCUUGGGAGAAGAAGUUGUAUGAUGAAGUUAAGGCAGGUGAAGUUAUGAAGUUUGAGUACCAAAAGAAGGUAGCUUUACUGAAUAAGCAGAAGAAACGGGGCUCCAAUCCUGAGUCCCUUGAGAAAUUAAAAGCAGCUGUGAGUCACCUGCACACAAGGUACAUUGUAGAUAUGCAAUCAAUGGAUUCCACAGUUUUGGAGAUAAAUCGCCUACGUGAUGAUCAGCUAUACCCAAAACUUGUCCAGCUAGUUGAUGGGAUGGCAAUAAUGUGGGAUGCUAUGCGAGUCCAUCACGAGGCACAGUCCAAGAUAGUCUAUGCGUUGAGAUCUCUCGACAUUUCCCAAUCUCCGAAGGAAACCAGCGAGCACCACCACGACCGUACCUAUCAACUAUGGGCAGUUGUACGUGAAUGGCACGCACAGUUCUGCGGCUUAAUCGACAACCAGAAAGCAUACAUCAAGUCCCUCAACAGCUGGCUAAAGCAGAAUCUCGUCCCUAUUGAGAGCAGCCUGAAAGAAAAAGUAUCUUCCCCACCAAGAAUCCAAACCCCUCCAGUGCAACCCCUGCUCAUGGCAUGGCACGACUACAUGGACAAGCUCCCCGACGAGGUGGCAAGAACAGCAAUCAGCAACUUUGCCGCGGUGAUAGAAACAAUUAUGCACCAUCAGGAAGAAGAGAUGAAGCUGAAGGAGAAGUGCGAAGAAACCCGGAAAGAUCUUGCUAGGAAAACGAGGCAGUUUGAGGACUGGUACAAUAAGUACAUGCAGAAGAGAACUCCAGAGGAGCUGGACCCGGAGAGGCCCGAGAACAACAUAAAGGAGGCGAUUGCUGAGAGGCAGUUCACAGUGGAUGCUGUUAAGAAGCAGCUGGAGGAAGAGGAAGAGGCAUACCAGAGGCUGUGCCUUCAGGUGAGGGAGAAGUCGUUGGCGAGCUUGAAGACUCGUCUUCCCGAGUUGUUCAGGGCAAUGUGCGAUUUCUCUUUGGCUUGUUCGGAGAUGUACAGGACUUUGAGGGCUAUAUCUCAUCGCCAGAAGAGACCAAGCAACCAAAGCUAGCUAUACUGAGUGUGAUUGAUAUAUAUAUACUUUGCGUAUAUAUUGAUUGAUUUUGUUGUAUAAUGUUUGUUUGGUUAAUGUAUAUCAGAUAUCUGGAUAGACCACAUAUAUAGCAAAACAUCUAGAAUUUGGUGUUUGUUUGGUUGCUAUAAAUUAUAAAUUAUUUUUGUC